AUGGCGACGAAAGGGACGUUUACCCUUCACCGCAUCAUCGCGGUUCUCCUCGUCCUACUGCUUGGCUUGCUGGGCAGUUGUGAGGAGCAGGUGCCGCUCGUCUUGUGGACGCACCAAUGGACCCCUCAAGCAAACCAGCCACCUCCUGCAGCAGGUCACAUUGUUGAGCAGCAACAACUGGCCGAUUACCUAGACAAAAUGCUAACCACGGGCCCCCGAAAUGUGCUUCUAUUUCUUCAGGACAAGAUGAGCGUGGAGGAUUUCACUUUGUACGGAGGAGCUUUUGGAAAUAAGCAGGACAGCGUUUUCCCAAACUUGGAGAGUGCUCUGAGGUCAUCCUCCUCCACGCUGGUGCUUCCAGCCGUUUCCUGGCCAUCCUCCAACGCAGUAAUUGGUCACCUGCAAGAGCAACUGGAAACCUCGCCUCUCUACAUGGAUCCUGACAUGCUAAGUCAGCUCACGCUCAAUGCCUCCUCACCUGCCCUGCUCGUCUUCCGACUGCCCUACUACAUCGGGUCUGAUCUAAUGUCGGCAAAAGACGUUCUCAGUGGCAACGAUGAGGUGAUGGGCCAGGUUGUGAGUGUCAUGAAGGGCCAGUCCGUUCCAUACACGGCCAUCUACACCGCACUGCAACCGUCUAGAGGGGCUUCGUCAGUUUCCAUGGAGGCUGCAGUGGCAGGUGGACGCUCGCUGCUGCAGGCCAGAGGCGGAUAUAGAGAUCGGGAGCGAGAGCGCGAGAGGCAACGUAAAAUGAGGGAGAAGGCUGGCAUCUAUGCUCCAGUGGAGUUUAAGGAAGGUGAGAGCAGCUGUAUCCUCCUCUGGGCUAAAGGUCUGUCUGUCAGCAUCCUCCGCAGCGGCCGCUGGGAGUCACAUGAUCUCACCCCGUCCACCUUUGGCGAGGGCAUUAGUCCAAAGAUGCACGGUUCCAGCUGCGACAAAACUAAAGCAAGACUUGUCCUAAACUAUGAGAAUGUUCUUGGACACCGCAACUUCAAACUAAUCUUUGCACUGAGCCAACGCCACUACAAAGUGUCAGCCCGUCGCUGGUUCACUAUGGAUGCCGUUGAGUUGGAGUACGAUGGCACCAAGGCAACGUUUAACGGCAGCAGGAACAUUUAUGCCCCUGUCGAGUACUCGUACCGCUGCGAGUCUGUCAGCAGCUUCCGCUGGCCACAGCUUGUCCCACGUUCAUCCAAAGAUCCAUCCAAUCAGUGGAGGGUCACCUUUGAGGACUUCCAAAUUCAAGGCUUCAACGUGAGUGGCAGCAAGUUCUCAUACGCCUCAGACUGUGCCGGAUUUUUCUCGCCUGGUAUCUGGAUGGGCCUGAUGACUAGUCUCCUCAUGGUCCUAGUGUUAACCUACGGGCUUCACAUGAUCAUGCAACUCCGCACUAUGGACCGUUUUGACGACCCCAAAGGUCCCGCUAUCUCUGUGCCGCAGACAGAGUAA